CUCUCGCGCCCCCAAAUCGGCUCGGCCCCAAAAUCAAUCACCCCGGCCCCAAAAUCCAUUGCAAAACCGCAGGAUUUUACUUCAGAAAUUAGCCCAAAAUUAGCGGAAAUAUCUGCUCGGAACCGCCCGAUCUGCUCCCGCGCCGCCACUCGCGCGCGAACCCUAGGAGAAUGGGGGAGGCGGCGGCGCCGGAGGGGCUGCUGCACAGGAGGAUAGAGUUCCACGCCGCCACUAAGCCUCCUCCUCCUCCUCCUCCGGCGGCGGCGGCUGUGGCCGUGCCGGGAGGAUUUCGAAUGGAGACGAGUCUAUUCGCGGGCGCUGAUAAGCGCGUGGCGGCGGCGGCGCGGAGCGGGCGCGAGGGCAGGAGGUUCGAGACUGGGGAGAGUAGCGGGAGCGGGUUCGAUCCGGAGCUCAGCGCCGCGAGGGUCUACCUGCGGAGAAUCGGUGCUGGCUUGCACAAUCUCGGCAAUACAUGCUACCUCAACUCGGUUCUGCAAUGCUUGACGUACACCGAGCCAUUCGUGGCCUACCUGCAGAGCAGCAAGCACAAUUCCUCAUGUCGGGCUGCUGGAUUCUGUGCAUUGUGUGCCCUCCAAGAUCAUGUUACGUCUGCUUUACGGUCAACUGGGAAAAUUCUGACACCACUGCUGUUUGUCAAGAACUUAAGAUAUGGUGCAGUCCUUAACUGCAAGGCAGGCAUUUCUCGUAGUUUUCGUAACACUAGGCAGGAAGAUGCUCAUGAGCUAAUGGUUAGCUUGCUUGAGUCAAUGCACAAAUCCUGCUUACCAUCUGGUAUAUCAAGUGAGUCUCCAAGUGCCUAUGAGAGGAGUCUAGUUCACAGAAUAUUUGGUGGCCGCUUAAGAAGUCAGGUGAGAUGUACAAAGUGCUCACACUGUUCGAACAAAUUUGAUCCUUUCCUGGAUCUCAGCCUUGAAAUUGGCAAUGCUGCCACAUUGAUGAAAGCACUUUACAAUUUUACCGAGGAGGAGCUAUUAGAUGGUGGGGAAAAGCACUACAACUGCCAGCAGUGCAAGCAGAAAGUUGUGGCAAAGAAAAGGUUUCUUAUUGAUAAAGCUCCUUCUGUGUUGACGAUUCACCUGAAGCGCUUUAGUCCUUUCAACCCUCUUCAAAAGAUUGACAAAAAGGUGGAUUUUCAAACAACUUUAAACUUGAAGCCAUUUGUCAGCAAUUCAGAAGGUAUGGAUUUGAAAUAUAGCCUCUAUGGUGUUUUGGUUCAUGCUGGUUGGAACACACAGUCGGGUCACUAUUAUUGCUUCGUUCGGACAUCCAGUGGGUUAUGGCACAAUCUUGAUGAUAACGAGGUCCGCCAAGUCCGUGAGGCAGAUGUACUAAGGCAGAAAGCAUACAUGUUAUUUUAUGUUCGUGACAAAGUAAGGAGCGCUGUAAUUCAAAAAGAUAAUGGUGAUGCCAGUUUGUCAGAAAAGAAAAUAAUAUCCGAGAAGAUUACAUGUAUGAACGGUGCCAUUCGGAAUGGUCUAGUGGAAAAAACAUUGGAUUUUUCUACAAUUGCCAAAGAAGAUAUAAAGUUGCAGAAGCAUGACCCAGAUAAGGGUCAGCCCAGUGAUAUUAGUGCCACUUCACAAGACCAGUGUUCAAAUGAGCAUAGCAGCAUUGAAGUUAUUAAUGCUUCAACAUCCCAAAACAAUGUAUCAGUACAGAAAGCCCCACAUACACUCCCAGAUGGUGUUGAUACCUUGUCCACCAAAGCAGAGCAAAUAGCACUGAGUGUUCAGAGGGAGACAAUGUCUCCAGGACAGCCUGAUGUUUUUAUUCUUGAUAUGAAGUCACAGAAGCUGAACCCAGAUGAUGGUCAGCCCAGCAAUAUUAGUGCCACUUCGCAGGACCAGUGUUCAAAUGAACAUGGAAGCACUGAAGUUACUAAAGCUUCAACAUCCCAAAACAAUGAGCCAGUACAGAAAGCCACAUGCUCACAUCUUGAUGGUACUGCUACAUCCACCAAAACAGAACAAACUGCACCAGCUAGUCAAAGGGAGACAACGUUUACAGCACAGCCUGAUGCUUGUGUUCUCUGUGAUGCAAACUCUGAUCAGAAGGCAUAUGAGAAGCCAUUGCAAGAAUUGCAACUAGAAUCUGAUGGUGCACUCACUGAUUCAGGCAAAGGCAUCCCUGCUUCUGCUUUUCAAUUAUGCAAUGGUGCAGAUGGGUUAUUGGGGGCAAACGAGCAGGCCAUUGAACCUCAAACAGAAGUGUUUUGCAAACCAACUCCUGAUAGCGAUGCAACAACUAUUGCACCAUUCAUCCCAACUGAGGAUACCGCUGUUUCUAAUGGAACACUAACCGGCAAUGAAGAUUCAACCAGUGGUAAUGAAGCUAAAGGGACAGAGCCUGUUAAGCAACAUGAUGGUCUAAUUGUGGUGAACGAGCUUUCUGUGAAAAGCAUUGAUGAUAAAGUAAAAGUAGAGGAGCAGACUGCUGUGCGGAACAAUUCACUGGGGGAUGGGCAGUCUAUGGCGAAGGAAGUCUCUGUUAUGGAAACUGGCCAUAUGGCAGAUGCAGAUGACCAGACCUUUAAGAAGAAUAACUCGCUAGAUACUGGACAUGUCAACUGCGAGAAGAAAAUCGGUUCUGAAGACUCUGCACAUGUGGCUAGUUCUGAGGAUUGUGCGCAGAUGAUGUGCUCUGAAAAUUCUGUCCAGGUGGUAGACAAGGAUCCAUGUCAUGGCAAUCUACAUAAAAUCAUUAAAAUCAAGUCAAAGAAGCAUGUGAGUCAUCCAGCUGUCAACUUUUAUUUUGGGUCCAAACAACUGUUGUUGGCGUCACUGAAACCAUGCAAGAAAAGGAAACACAAGAGAACUAGAAGGCGAUUGACAUCUGAUGCAAACGCUGAAAGUACUGGUGAUGAUCGGCAGACAUCAACAUCAGAAACUGUGCUUACUAGUGGCAUGUCGCGAAAAUCCCAUAGACAAAAACGCUCCCGUAACUCUGCAAGUUCUGAAGAUGCUGUCCAGAUGUAUAACAAGAAACAAAAUCUUGGAAAUUCCUGUGCUGCUGAACUUACCCUGGACAAGAAGGUCAGCAAGGAUGCAACUCUUGCUGCUGCUGAGCUAGCAGCAAGCUCAUGCCCGAGCUCUGUGUUAAAUCCUGAUUCAGGAAAAUGUGGGGUUACAGAUGAGAAAGGCUCCUGGCAUUUUAAUCUCCUCACGAGGGGUUUAAGAGUUCCACAAUGGGAUGAUGAUGACAUGCCAAAUACUAAAGCGGCAGAAAUGCAACAUUCGAGUUCCACCAGCAUUGGCUAUGUUUUAGAUGAACGGGACGAGGAAUAUGACCGUGGAAGGAGGAAGAAGGUGAGGAAAUCAAAGCAAGGUUUCAGUGGGCCGAACCCUUUCCAAGAGAUGAAAAACAUCAGAUCACGGCAGCGGAGGAGAAUACAAACUGACCAGGCCAGGUCUGGGCACCAGCCUCUAAGGAUAUGAGACAUUGUAGAAGCACAUCCCUGAUGUGUCCUUCAAUUUUGAAAUGAGUUUUCCUCUUUGUUAGAUUUUCUGUGUGUGUUACUGUUGUGUAGAGUUGGGCAUAUCAAUGGACCUUAUGCUCGUUUUUGUUGUCGAUUAAUUAGUGGAGAAAUGAAAUGACAACUCAAUCUGUUAUGUUUCAAUUCUGACAGCUUUAUGUGUUUUCGUCUC